AUGGGCACAAAGAUGAAGAAGGGGAUCCUGAAGCCGUUCCGCUACAUCUCAAACAUGAUGGAUGGUAAGGAGCCUGAAAUGCAAAUCGGGUUCCCAACGGAUGUAAAACAUGUAGCACAUAUCGGUUGGGACGGUCCUGGCGCCGCCAAUAACAACAACAACAAUGCUGGAGGAGCACCUAGCUGGAUGAAGGAUUACCACUCGGCACCGCUGGACUCGUCAUCUUUUAGGAGUGAGAGUGGAGGCACAGCUGCUGCAAAUCCCUGGGCUUCUCAAGAGAUAGUCAUGGAUGGAGGAAGCCUCGGCGAAACCUCCUUCCGGGACACGAAAAGCGAGGCCGGCGACGCCGGCGGGGAGGACUCCCCACUGUCCCCCGGCUCGCGCCGGUCGAGACGACACCGCUCCCGGGGCUCCGCCACCUCCUCCAUGGACGUCACGGGCGCCGAGGGCGCCGAGGAGAAGAAGAAGGACAAGGCCAAGAAGGGCAUCCGCAAGAACCGCAAGAAGGACAAGGACAAGCCGUCGGCCGGCGAGGACGGCGCCGCCGCCACCUGCCAGGACCUCCCAGCCGUGCCCAAGAAGUCCAACCGCCGGAAAAGCAAGGGCAGCUCCGAGGGCACCGGCGCCGCGGCGGCCAAGGACGGCGCCGCCGCGCCCGCGCCGGAGGAGGAGGCGGCGGCGCCCCUACCCCCCGUGGCCGACGACUAGGAUGGAUCCAAACUUUGGCGUCGUUUUGGGGAACCGAAUCAAGCAUUGCUGCAGAGAGUAUUCUGAGCCCGAUUAGUAAGGAUCAUGCGGCGAUCGAUGGAUAAUGGAUAUACGUAUAAUGGUGGUACAUGCGUUCAGGAUUUGAGGAGUCGUCGUCCGGAGGUUGAUGGUCACACGUUCAUCUUUAGCGUCGUCGGGAGUGGGGUGUGUGCACGCACAAAUGCCAUUUCUUUUCUCUAUUUCUUUCUGUAACAAUACUGGUCCAUUUUUUCUCCAACCUGUUAUAUACCUUGUUCAAGAUUUUUUCAUAUAUAAAAGUGUACUGGGUGCGCUAUA